CUUAAAUUCGUUCCGUCCAUCAGUUCAUAACUUAAUGGGAUUUCCCAGUUUUCUCAAGUUUGUCUGCUUCUGUCGGCUUUCGCAAGCGUGGGAGCCUCGUUUCAACUCUAAGCCGGAAGUGAGAAUAUUUUUGUAAUAAUUCAUUCGUGGAAUUCAGUGCAUUGCGAUAGAUAGUAGACCGGACUUUAAUACACUGUGAAAACGGACAUACCGAGUUAAAGAUAUAUAUUUUUUGUAACAUUUUUUUUCGUGCAAUAGCAGAAAUGACUAUCAACUGUUUGCUGUUAGAUAUUGAGGGAACCACAACAAGCAUCAGUUUUGUAAAAGAUGAACUAUUUCCAUACAUAAGAAAAGAACUUCAAACCUAUUUGGAGGCAAAUUGGGACUCCUUGGAACUCCAAAAUGAUAUUGAAUUAUUGAGGAAACAAGCCAUAGAGGAUACCCUCACUAUGGUUGGAGUACCUGAAAUUGCUAGUUCUGAUCAAACACCUGCCUCUAUCAUGAGCUCUGUUAUUGCAAAUAUCAAUUGGCAAAUGGAUCAAGAUAGAAAGAUCACAGCUUUAAAGCAAUUGCAGGGCCACAUGUGGAGAGAAGGAUAUGCAUCUGGAGAAAUUCAUGGCCAUUUAUACGAAGAUGUGGAAGAGGCAUUGAAGCUAUGGACAUCUAGCGGCAAAAAAGUGUACAUUUACUCUUCUGGGAGCAUCGAAGCGCAAAAACUUUUAUUUGGCCAUUCGGUAGUAGGAAACCUGCUUCAGUAUUUUUCUGGUCACUUUGAUACGCAAAUUGGCUUGAAAAUUGAAACAGCUAGCUAUCGGGAAAUAUGUAAAUCGACUGGAUUUGCACCGGAUGAGAUAUUGUUUCUUACUGACCUUCCAACAGAAGCCAUAGCUGCCAACGAAGCUGGUGUCCAGGUCAAAUUGCUGGUUCGACCUGGUAAUGCUCCACUGAGUGAAGAAAUAGUUCAGCGUUUUAGCAUUUGCCAUGAUUUUCGAGAAAUCAAGUUAAUUGAAUAACAAAACAGAUGGUAAGAACAAACAGAAAUAAACACCUUGUUUCAUUUGAAAUUCUUUUUUUUUUUUGUAUUGGAUAUGGCUUGCCGCAAGAUUGUGAUUACAUAUGAUUGAACAUUGAAUUCGACACAAUACAUUUUGUACACAGUAUGUACACAACAACAGAUGGGAGGAUAUCUUUGUAGGAGGAGCUGUCCGUGAUUUGUCCAGGGCUGAAAUUAGGAUACGCUGUAAAAAGCAUCACUGAUUCAUUGGUGUCAGAACAAUAAUUUUUGUUUCUUUUAACAAAUCUCUCUGUGUUUCACUUGAGCAAUUGGAAGUUUUCAUUGACAAUCUCGAGAGAGCAACGUUUGG